AUGCAACGCGCAACACCAGACCCGGAGGAAGAGGCACUGGAUACCGAGAUCGCAUCCAUCCAUGCCGAAAUCCGCAAUCUCCAAAAACGCAAACGCAUCCUCACAUCAAGCCUCCUAACCACGGACCCAAUCCAAAAGCUCCUUCGCAAAACAACAGCCAAUCCAACCCAAAUCUCAGACCUCUCAACACUCUCCCCACUCGCCCAAGCAGCAGACAAACACAACACAUCCAACCACCACCGCAUCGCCUUCGGCGCCACCGCAUUCCCAUUCAAAGACCCCAACCCCAGCGCCACAACCAAAAACCUACUAGGCGUCCGCAUCGACGUCUGCGCACGUAACGGCCGAUUCUCAAAACCAUACUAUAUCCUCCUGCGCACAGAUCGCGGGACCGAGAAGCGACUCCGAGUCCACAGACACACGGUACCGGCAUUUAUCUCAAUUGCGAAGCUGGAAGGCGCGUACCUGCCGCGCGCAGCUGCGGACGAUGACGCCGAGCUAGCGAAGCCGUGGAAGGGCGCGGUGCGCAGGCAGGAUUUACAGGGAUUUGUGCGCGAGUUGCGGAGGGAGCUUAUGGGGUGGCAUAUGCGGGUUGAUGCGGUGGAGUUUUUGCGGGAGAAGCUGGGGUUAGUUGAUGAGGAGGGUCGGGCACAGCCGUUUGAUGUUUCGCCGGAUCGGGAGACUGGUGUUGUUUCUUUGGCCGCGGCGUCAUUGGAGGCGCGGUAUGUGAGGCUUGAGUGGGAGGAUGGACGGGUUGGGAGGUUUAAGUUGUCUAAUAGUGGGAUUGUGGAGAGGGCUGUUGUUAUUGGGGAUCAGGGGCGGGAUAAGAAGACGGAGGAUGCUAUGACUGGAGGGGGGGUUGAGACUGUUUUGGAUCGAUUGAGAGUUGGAGGCUCUGGUGAUUCAGUUGGGGUUUGA